UUGGGCAACUGCUUCUCAUCAGUCGAUCGGUGCGAGCGCGAGAAGUUUCAUCGAAUUGACAAGUAAAUUCGAGCGAAUUUAAAUUGUAAAAAUAAAAAUAAAAAAAAAAAUAAAUUUGUUAAUACAAUAAUAACUAAUCGGUUUGAUUUCAAAAUAGGCGCAGUGAAACAACGAAAUACUAUUUAACCAGAGGAGAUUGCUGUGAGCUGCUAUAUAUCCCACGAAAAUGGCGAGCCUAAUGCGUGUACCAUCGAUUUUGGCCAAAAAUGCAGCGGCAAUGCUACGCACUGCCUCUGUCGUGCCGCAACGUGAACUGCACAUAACCCAUGGUAAAAAUGAUGCUAAAGUACGCACCGAUGCCAUCUCUAAGGAGUAUCCAAUUGUCGAUCACGCUUACGAUGCUAUCGUAGUUGGUGCUGGCGGUGCUGGUUUGCGUGCUGCUUUCGGUUUGGUUGCUGAAGGUUUCAAAACAGCUUGCAUCUCCAAACUCUUUCCCACACGUUCGCACACAAUUGCCGCACAGGGUGGUAUCAAUGCAGCUUUGGGUAAUAUGGAGGAUGAUGAUUGGAAAUGGCAUAUGUACGAUACGGUAAAGGGUUCUGAUUGGUUGGGUGAUCAAGAUGCUAUACACUAUAUGACACGUGAAGCGCCACAAGCUGUUAUUGAAUUAGAGAAUUAUGGCAUGCCAUUUUCACGCACACCAGAAGGUAAAAUCUAUCAACGUGCUUUCGGUGGUCAGAGUUUGAAAUUCGGCAAAGGUGGUCAAGCCCAUCGUUGUUGUGCCGUCGCCGAUCGUACAGGUCACUCACUAUUGCACACACUUUAUGGCCAGUCUUUGAGUUAUGAUUGUAAUUAUUUUGUGGAAUAUUUUGCGCUGGAUCUGAUCUUUGAGGAUGGCAUAUGUAAGGGUGUGUUGGCAUUGAAUUUGGAAGAUGGUACACUGCAUCGUUUCCGUGCACAAAAUACUGUCAUUGCAACCGGUGGUUAUGGACGUGCCUUCUUCUCGUGCACAUCAGCGCAUACCUGCACUGGCGACGGCAGCGCUAUGGUUGCACGUCAAGGAUUGCCCAUACAGGACUUGGAAUUCGUACAAUUCCAUCCAACUGGUAUUUAUGGUGCUGGCUGUUUGAUAACAGAGGGUUGUCGUGGUGAAGGCGGCUAUUUGGUGAAUUCAAAGGGUGAACGUUUUAUGGAACGUUAUGCGCCGGUAGCAAAGGAUCUCGCUUCACGUGAUGUUGUGUCACGUUCAAUGACCAUCGAAAUUAUGGAAGGACGUGGUGUGGGUCCCGAAAAGGAUCAUGUUUUCCUACAAUUGCACCAUCUGCCACCAGAGCAAUUGGCACAACGUCUGCCUGGUAUCUCUGAAACCGCUAUGAUCUUUGCUGGUGUUGAUGUGACACGUGAGCCCAUACCAGUGUUGCCAACAGUGCACUACAAUAUGGGUGGCAUACCAACCAACUAUAAGGGUCAAGUGUUGACUAUCGAUGACAAUGGCUGCGAUGUCGUUGUGCCCGGUUUGUAUGCUGCUGGUGAGGCGGCCAGUUCGUCAGUGCAUGGUGCAAAUCGUUUGGGUGCUAAUUCCUUAUUGGAUUUGGUUGUAUUUGGACGUGCUUGCGCGCUAACGAUUGCCGAAGAGAACAAACCGGGUGUGCCAGCGCCCAGUUUGAGGGAUAACGCCGGCGAAGAGUCCGUGGCUAAUUUGGAUAAAAUCAAGCAUAAUAAUGGCAAAAUUACCACCGCUGAUUUGCGUUUGAAAAUGCAAAAGACAAUGCAAGGUCAUGCAGCUGUAUUCCGUGAUGGUCCCAUACUGCAGAAGGGCUGUGAAAAGAUGAAGGAUAUCUACAAAGAGUUCCAAGAUGUCAAGGUCAUUGACAAAUCGAGUGUGUGGAAUUCCGAUUUAGCUGAGACACUCGAAUUGCAAAAUCUCUUAGCCAACGCUAAAAUGACCAUUGUUGCUGCUGAAAACCGCAAAGAAUCACGUGGUGCACAUGCGCGUGAGGACUACAAGACACGUAUUGAUGAAUAUGACUUCAGCAAACCCCUUGAGGGUCAACAAAAGAAACCACUCGAUGAACAUUGGCGCAAACACACAUUAACGUGGGUGUGUGGUGAUGAUGGUGAAGUCACAAUUAAAUAUCGUCCAGUCAUUGAUAAGACUCUGGAUGAAACUGUACAAACUGUGCCACCGGCAAUACGCUCAUAUUAAUUAAUUCAUGGAACAACUAACGAGAAAAACAACAAAUAAACAAACAAACUAACAUUAGUUAAUUGAAUGGGUUAACGUACAACAACAACAACAACAACAAUAUGAAGUGACAUAGCUACAUUUGCCGCCAUCUUAAGUUUAUUGCUGAAAAAAAAAGAAAAUUUACACGUUUUGUACUCUCACUCACUUUCUCGCUGGAUUCGUUAGUGUCAAGUUGCAAGCGCGUAAAUACCGUAUUCUAGGGAACUGUAAUGAAAGAAGCUAUAUAAGCAGUAAAAAUGAAAA